UAAAUUUUUCUAAAUUGAAAAGACGUGUAAUUGGCUUUUACGCAAGCUUGUGUUUUUUGUGUUUGUGCAUUUUGGAGAGAAGGGAGAAUUUGAGAACGUGAUGAAAUAGAAAUUACUUGACGCAGUGAGAAUUUGGAGGGUGCACACAUUGAGAUGGGUUGAUUCUUGCAUUUAGCUACUUUUCAGUCGGCUACAAUAGCUUACCUUUUCUCUGGGGUAUGUUCUCCCGAAACAUAAUCUUCUUCUCCGCUCGUGCCUUGUUCUUGCGUCCCUUUGCUGAACUAGGGACUGCCAGGAGAUGCCUCAAAGGCCGCUAGGGGGCGAGAGUCCUGCGGUUCAGAGAGCUCAGUCUGCCCCUUACCAGAGGGUCAAGAAGAUGUCUUCGCCAAGUCGAGUGCUCGUCAUUGCACUGGCACUGACUCUGUACAUCGUUGAAGUGGCCUCGGCAGAAACACUAUGUGGAGGAGAACUGGUGGACGCUUUGCAGUUUGUCUGUGGAGAUACAGGAUUCUAUUUCAGUAGACCAACCAGCAGGUCUAACAGCAGACGCUCCCAGAACCGUGGGAUCGUGGAGGAGUGUUGUUUCCGUAGCUGUGACCUCAACCUGUUGGAGCAGUACUGUGCCAAACCUGCCAAGUCAGAGAGGGACGUGUCGGACACCUCUCUGCAGGUCAUAUCCAUGGUGCCCACACUCAAACAGGAUGUCCCAAGAAAAUAUGUGACCAUGAAAUAUUCUAAAUACGAGGUGUGGCAGAGGAAAGCUGCUCAGCGGCUCCGGAGAGGUGUCCCGGCCAUCCUCAGGGCCCGGAAGUUCCAGAGGCAGGCAGAGAAGAUCAAGGCCCAGGAGCAGGCGAUGUUCCACCUGCCCCUGAUCACCCUGCCCAACAAGCUUCCCCCAGUCCUGUACCCCACGGACAAUUACGUCAGCCACAGCGAGCCUCCCAACCAGCACCCCAACCCCCCCCAUCGCAAGUCCUUUGCACAGACAAGUUUGGAGGGAGAUUGGGGGGAAAAAAAAUAGGGGAUUAUAGCUUUGUCUCUGACAUCAUUUCUGUGGCAAGCCCUCUUUUGACCUCUCCCCCCACCCCCAAGCCCACUCCCAAGCCCUGCCCCACUGAGCCCCCCAACCAACCCCAACCUACCCCAGCCCUCCUCACCCAGACAAUCAAACAUAUGUUCACAUUCUUCCUGUCUCUACUCUACUCUCUCUCUCUCUCUCUCUCUCUCUCUCUCUCUCUCUCUCUCUCUCUCUCUCUCUCUCUCUCUCUCUCUUUCAUUCACUGACACAAAAGGCACCAACACAAACGAUGAACAAAAAGUUAACAACAAGGCUGGAUGCAAUUCAGGUGGAUUCUUAAAUAAAAAAGAGAACGAAAGGAAGAAAAGAAGAAGAAUAUGAAAGAGCUCUAUGGCUUGCAAGUGUCAAGAGGACAGCAGGCGGAAUGUUUUUUGUCCUUGUGGAAGGCCUUCCUGAGGCAGAUCUUUUUUCUUUCUGUUAGUCCUUUUUCUUAUUAUUUUGCACCUGUAACUAUAAAGGGCCUUUCACACUGUAAGGAAUUAUUUUAUACAAUUUGAUUCCUGUUCCAGCACCUUUUAAUCGCAAACAGAAAACAUAAAAGAAGUCUGCAAAAUUGCACAAUGCCACGGAUUACGUCAAAGUAAAGAAAAAAAGGCACUUUUUUUUUAUGAACAAUAAACGUGUUGCUUAAAUAAAUGUCAUGGUGCUAGCUUUGGGAAUGGACUCAAAGAAGAAGAGGUUGAACACGUUUUUUUUCCUUUGAAUGAAUAUUAAAAUUUUCCGUUUUAAGGAAAGUGUGACUUGAAAAAGGAGAAUAAAGGAUGCAAAGUACUUGGCUGUUGCAAAGUUAUAGGGGGACGUGUCACUGAGAGGAGCCGUAGGCUACGUUAUCAUCACGGCUAACGGCUCGUGUUAGCUCUCGGCGCUAACGGCUCGGCGGAGGAAGUGGUAUGGGGGACCUGACAUCCACCUCCCGCUCCCCCUUCGAUGGCCCCAAGGCCCUAGGAGAACGGGGAGCAUUGUUGGGACACAAAUUGGACAUUAUGGACUGCCUGGAUUGGGACUUCCUGUUCCGGGACAGUACUUCCUGUAUUUUCGUGGCUUUGUAGAACCCUGACCUGCUCUGGCAGGAAGUGACACAUUAAUAUGGACACAUAACGAAUGGGAUGAUGAUGAAUACAUUUUUUGUUUUUGACAUAUUAGUUUUUUUCUUUUCAUAUCUAUGUUUCAAAAAUUGAAAACCUUGUCAGUUUCUGGUACCGUGACGUUCCUAUUUUUUGUGAAAAAGGCAUAUUUUUAGUUUUACAUUUUGUCCAUGGUUAUUGUUAGAAUAUUAUUUGACGUUUUUUAAGAAAGGCACAAAUUUAAAUUAAAUUCAAAGCCUGGGAAAAAAACUGCAAUAAUGUCAACUAACAUAAAAUGAUUGAUUGUAUAGCAGUAGUUUUCACAUGCUUUUGCCUGAAAACAAAUACUUGAAUAUAUACAGUAUAUAUAUAUAUAUAUAUACAGUACCAGUCAAAAGUUUGGACACACCUACUCAU